CGCGCGAGCUCGCCGAAAGAUCUUUUUAGAACCCAGUCUACUCACUUCAGUAGAUCGCGUGAGAUUGGGUUGAGAGAGGCAAAAUGGCUUCCAUCGUCAAGGGAUUGGGUUUUUUCUGUUUCUUUAUCGUUUUUUAUCUUCAUUUUUCUAGCAUCAAAUGCGCCACUCCUUACGACGAAAUUGUACAAUAUAAAGAAGAGUACAGUCUGCCGGAUUUGCCGUACGGUUAUGAUGGUUUAGAACCUUUCAUCGACGAAGUUACCUUGCGCAUCCAUCACAUGGGACACCAUGGAGCUUACACUAAAAAACUAAAUGCGGCGUUAAAAAGCUGGCGGGAAUCGGGCAAAUCUCCAGAACUGUCCUCAAAGCCCAUCUCAACUAUCUUGAACAACAUUCAACUCAUACCUUCUGAUUGGCGGCUUAAAAUUAGGAACAACGGUGGAGGGUAUGUUAACCAUGCAUUAUAUUGGGCAAUCAUGUCUCCAAACCCGAACAGCGAAGAGAGAAAACCCUCUGGUAGAAUCGCUCAGCUUAUUGACGAGACCUUUGGCAGUUAUUCUAACUUCCAAUCAAUGUUUGAGAACACUGCCUUGGAAGUUUUUGGUUCAGGGUAUGCUUGGCUCUGCUUGGAUGUCGAGCAAGGUGGGAUCAAAAUCCGUGGUACAGCAAACCAAGACAGUCCUUUAAACCUGGGCCUUCUGCCCAUCUUAGUGAUCGAUGUGUGGGAACAUGCGUAUUAUCUUCAACACCAGAAUCGUCGGGCGGCAUAUGUGAAGAAUUUUUGGUUUGUUAUCAACUGGGAUGCGGUCAGCGAGUUGUUGGAAUGGUGGCCAAAACAAGCUAAACACGAUGAACUGUGAACUUCAGCGUGAUGAUAACCAAGAAUAAAAUUGAAAGAAGACAAUUUUGUGAAGAUUCUGUAUGAGAGACCUUUUCUUACGAAAUUAUAGUGGUAAUUUACGUACAGAAACAAACAAAAACCAGCAAAUCAAAACAAACCAGCGCGUGUUUUACAAGUUGUAGUGGUCGUGGUAAUUUCCUUACAAGAACAAACAAACAAGCAAACAAAACAAGCGCGUGUUUGUAAGAAUUUUGCUCGCGACUAUCAAGACACGAGAAGCAGAUGCAAAUUACUUCCAGAGCAGUUCAUAGUCUUUUCAAAUGUUCAAAUGUUGUUGUUUAUAUUCUUUUAGAGUAAUAGAGCCAGUAAAGGUCAUAGAGUAGUUUAUGGUAA